AUGACGAGAAACGCAGAAUGGCUAGAGUUGAUGGUGAUAUACAGGACUGGGGAAGAGAAUUCUCUUCGCUCUGUGCAAAAUCAUAAAUGGCACUCGUCUCGUCCCUCUAAUGAAUACAUCGAUGUCUUAGAUGCGCAUGACAAUUUGAAAGGUGGACGAAGUCCAGGAAUCGAGCGAUGA